AUGUACGCUCGACUCACAGAAUUUCUAACCGAAUGCAAUAUAGUUACCAAUAAUCAACAUGGUUACAUCAAUAAUAGGUCUACACAAAGCGCUAUUUUCAGUUUCACACAGGCAGUCUUGAAAUGUUUGGAGGAAGGCGAUAUGGCGAUGGGCCUCUUUUUGGACCUAUCAAAGGCCUUCGAUUGUUUGGAUAGGAAUAUUCUCUUAAAAAAACUGAAUGGAUAUGGUGUGAGAGGGUGGGCUUUUAAAUGGUUUGAGUCCUAUUUGGAGGAGAGGUUACAGAGAGUGGUUAUUCGAGAUAGGGGUAGAGAAAUCAGGUCUGAAAUAUUGAAAAACAAAAUAGGAGUUAUCCAGGGCAGCAUAUUGGGGGCAGUUCUGUUCAUUGUAUAUGUUAAUGACCUUAACAUGGCAAUUGCUCAAGUGAACAAUUCAACACAUUCAGUGGAUGCCACUUUUGUGACGGAUAAUAUAGGUUUUGACCUGACACAAUUUGCAGAUGAUACAAAUGUGUUGGUAAGGGGAUCAAAUAUUCCAGAAAUAAUUGGAAAUACAAAUGAGAUUUACAGAGUGUUAAAAGAGUGGUUUGAAGAGAACAAAUUACUUAUAAGUAAAGAAAAAACAAACCUCAUGAUUUUCAGGACGAAACAAAAUAGGGCAGAAAAACCUGAAUCUAUCGUAGUUUGUGACUCUCAGUUUGAGGUGAAAGAGAAUACGAAGUUCCUGGAAAUUUAUAUGAAUGAAUUUUUGGAUUGGUCUUAUCAUAUCGACUACCUGAAUAAAAAACUGAACAACGUCUACUACUGCAUCCGAUUUGUUUCAAGAUACCUGAGUGAAGAAGUGAGGAGAAUAUUGUAUUUUGCCAACUUUCAGGGAAAAGCCAGACACGGUAUCAUGUUUUGA